AUGUCUUCCUUUUUCUGGAAUACAGCAUCUCAGAUAAACAACAUGAAAGCCCCAAUAACAACAGAAUUAGGUGCCAUAGCCACAGCUUAUGAUUAUGGGGCAGGAGAAUUAAGCACGAGUGGAGCAUUGCAACCAGGGUUAGUUUAUGAAACCACCACUACUGACUACUUAAACUUCCUAUGCUAUCACGGGUACAACACAUCCACAAUUAAAAUUAUUUCCAAAGAUGUUCCAGCUGGUUUUACUUGUCCGAAGGAUUCAAGAGUCGAUCUGAUAUCCAAUAUCAACUAUCCAUCAAUAGCAGUUUUCAACCUUAUUGGAAAACAGAGUAGGAAUAUUACCAGAACCCUCACAAACGUUGCUGGAGAUGGUAAUACAAUAUAUUCUCUAACCAUUGAAGCAUCUAGCAACCUAACAGUCGCCGUGAGUCCAACUAGCCUGCAGUUCAAGAAGAACGGCCAGAGACUUAGUUACGAAGUAAUUUUCACUCCAACUGUCUCUUCAUUACAGAAAGAAGUGUUUGGGUCAAUUAUUUGGACUAGUCAAAAAAUAAAAGUCCGCACUCCAUUCGUUGCAAGUAGUAGGUGA